AUGCGCUGGCAAACAGUGCGACUCAUCUCAAUUUAUGCAGCCCUUUCGGCAAUCACUAACUUUCCAUCUGGUUUCACUAACUCUUCAGUCAACACUGCUGUCGGAAAGCUACAUAAAUUCAUAGCCACUUCACUUCGAAAAGAAGGCUUCCCAGAUGAUGAAGGCACUAUCGCUCUGUUUCAAUCGGCGACUUUGAAUUGCUGGUUUGUUGCUCAAAUAUUCGGUGCUAUGAUGACACCGAUGAUUUCUGACAAGUACGGAAGAAAAAUUGGUUAUAUCGUUUGUGUGACAACGACAAUAUUCGCUACAUUCGUUCAAUACUUUUCCAUGUGUUUCUACUUGCCAUGGGGACUGAUUCUCGGUAGAUCACUGACUGCACUUGUUUCACCACUCGGUGACGCUUGUCUUCUACUAUAUGUUCAAGAGACAUCGCCUAUUGAAAUUCGUGGAAUGUCAUCGUUUCUAUGCGAAAUUGGCUACGGUACAAUGUGCGUGCUUGGAAUGGUUCUUGGAAUGAAGUCAGUACUUGGCGAGUCACUCUCUCGACUUCUUUUACUAUCACUGAUUCCAUUGUUCGCAUCGUUAUGCUUUGUGAUUCGAAUUCCGGAAACACCAAAAUUUUUGGUGAUCAUGAGAAACAAUCGGGAGAAAGCACUUGAAUCACUAGAGUAUUUCCAAGGAAAGUCUCCGGAAAAUAAAUUCUUAAUCGAAGAUUAUAAUGUGGAAAGAAUGACGGAGAAAGCGUCCGACUCAACGUUUGUCGAUUUGAUCUCAAAAUGGCAUCUUCGUCAAGCUAUGCGAUUGGCAUUGGCAACCUUGUCGCUCACUUUGUCAUUCUAUCCCAUCCUUCAAUCUUCAACUUAUAUUUUGUUGGAGUCUGGGAUUCCAGACGAGGUGUCGCAGAUUUGCUCCACACUAGCUCAAGUCGUUCUCACCCUUUCAUCAGUUUUCGGAGCAUCAAUAAUUGACAGAUUCUCAAGAAGAAAACUUCUCAUUCUUUUCGGAAUACUUUCAAACGUUCUGCUCGUUUGCUUUGCUUUCUUCUCUCAUCUCUCUUCUACAGUUGUUUCCCCAUAUUCAUGGACGAAGUAUGCAUGCUUAGCAUCUCUCCUCACAUACUGCAUUUCAUUUGGAAUGGUUCUCGGCCCAUUAUCAUGGUUUGUGGCUCCUGAACUUGUCAGUCAACGUCAUCGAUGCACCAUUUUCUCCGCUUGCUUUGCUAUUCACAACCUGCUAAUUGCACUCACUGAUUUUGCAACAAUCCCGCUGUUCCGUAUCUUUGGAAGUAUGUGUUUUGUAUUCCUGUUCGUUGUUCCCUCAAUGCUUUGUCUCUGCUAUAUCUACCUGUACAUGCCUGAAACUCUCGGAAAGUCAACACUGGAGAUCAUUCAUGAGAUGCUUGAGCGUGGAAAGAACGGCGCUGAGAACUUCAAAUUGGAUACACCCACUCUCAAAGUUCGCCCGCGAAUGUUCUCAUCGACUACAGAUAUUUGUGUUUAUUAG